UCUCUCUCUCUCUCUCCCUCCUUCAUUCUGAGCAUCUAAACUACUCUGUUUUUGCAAUGAGCUCUUGAUGUCUCAACCCAACAAGCGCUCAUAUACCACCAUCAGCACCACCACUUCCACCACCUGUACCGGCGGUGCCGGCGUUGGCAACCACAAUCUCACCUAUCCACCUGCGGCAAUGCAGAAGGCCAAGUCACAGGCCGUCGCGUUAUCUCUAGACGGCAAGAACGGCCAACAACAGUCACCGCACGUCCACUUCGCUCCCGAUAUUGAAAGCGCCGUCGUCGAUGACCCUAACUCUAUGAUCGAAGAUCCCAAUCCCAACGAUGUCGUCGAUGGUUCUUCCCCAGCUGGACGUGUCUCCACAAGUGGAGUCACCGCCAAUUUGUCUCGGAAAAAGGCCACUCCGCCGCAGCCGGCGAAGAAGCUCGUAAUUAAGCUCGUGAAAGGUUAGAUUGCACUUCUUUUACCUUUCGUUUUGACCAAUUUAGGUUUAGUUUUUGUGCGGAGUAUUGGAAUUUACUGAUUGGUU